CUCGGUCUCGUCUCUUUGGUGAGAAGAGAAGGAGCGAGAGCAUAACUCAAUAGGAAGCUGGGCCAAACGGAAGAAUCGGACAAAAAUGGUCCGGAUUCAGGUGAAGUCGAAGCACAAGGAGGAUGAGGAAGAGUUGCAGUUCCUCUAUGAUUGCCCUAGCACCACAAGGAUCAAAGAGAUUGCCAGAGCAGUAAUCGAAAUCUCCAAUCUUCAAAUCAAGAUCAAUCGCCUUGCCCUAGCUCUUGAAUCAGGGCUUAUUCAACUUGGUGACGGCAAAGGGAUUGAUUCGAAUGAAGCUGUUCCUUUAAUGAGAGCUUUAUCAGAAGCCAAAGCCUAUGCAUCAAAGGACCAGGUUCUCCAUGGUAGAAUUUUAUCACCUCAUAUCUUGAGAGACCACAUUCAGACAAUAGAAAAGCAAGUCACGGUUAACAAAGCAGUGGGUUUGUCCGAUUUAACCCAAUUGCAUCAGCGACACUCCGGUUCCUGUACAGACUCAGAACUUCUGCAAGAAGAUACCACACAGCUUUUAUGGGCGGGGAAGGAGCUCAUGAAUAGUAAACGGUUAUGUGAUUAUGUUGGCGACAAUGACAAAACUAAGAUCAUGCUUAGAUUGCAGCCAUCUUGCUUGAGCUCUCCAUGAUGCUUUGAAAAAGAUUCCAAGAACAAAAAAGAGCCAUGAAGACGGGUCAACCGAAAGAGUGAAACCACUCAAUUAGAGUUGCACAAUCUCUUGGCAGUUACUCAUGAACAUGCCCUAUAAGUACACACCAGUUUGUUCUUCAUUUAUACGGCAUGCCUCACACCAUCUCUCUCAUCUUUCCUUUUCUUUCUUCUCUCUCCUCUGAUAGGAUAAGCUGCAGCAAGAAGAGUAAGGAUAGGAAAUACUGAAUGUGUGAUUGGUGUUGGUGAGGUAAAAGUCAUUUUAUUCCAUGUCGACUUCUUUCUGAUGAUAUUAGAGAAGUAAAAUAUUAUAUCUUGUGGUACCUUCAUAUGUAAUAUGUUGUGGGAAUACUGCUUAUAUGGAUGGUCCCCUAAACUUAAGAGCACAGUUACAAGGAUAUAAAAUGAACUGGUAAAAGGAGUUGCAAGGA